GCCUUCACAGCACGGAGCCUGGCGGUGCACCCAUCACAACAAAAAGAUUAUAGAAGAGAGAGGUGCCAUGUCCAAGAGAGCUUCGUCCCACAAACUCUUCCCUGUUCUGCUGAUAGUGGGAUGGAUUGUUGGCUGCACAGCCGUUGUCUACUUUGUCUUCAUUUUUGCUUGGAAAACAGGUGCACGGGGAAGACAUUAAAUUCAUCACAGAAACUCCUUUAAUGCAGG